AUGAUGAAGCUUUUAUUGGUUGGACAUGGGGAAGAGCCACCGAAGAGGCACACAGAUAUACUCCUGUAUCUAUAUCUAUAUGAUGCCUCCAUGAAAGACAUGCAGCUUCAAGAUGUUAAUCUGAAGAUGCAAAACCCACACAAAAACCAUACACAUGCACUUCCAUUAACACAAGGUUUCAUACAAAGUGCUCACAUCUCUCAAUCUGUCAUCACCAUCACUUUAAGAAAAAAGCCAAAUACGGUUGUUGGAAAAGUUAUGCAUUGUUCUAUCGUUGCAGACGUUUAUACAGUUCAGGAUCUCGUGUUAAAAUUCAUCCAAAAUGGUUGUACAAUAUGUUUUUUUUUUUCAGAUCAUUCUUUAUUGGUAUAAAUGAGUUAUGUACUUGAACAACUGUAUCAUAUCAUAUUUUCAAUAUAGUAUAUAUAUUAAACGAUCAAAAUACAAUUACAAAUCAAGGUACCAAGCUGUUCUUGAUUAAUUGCAAAUACAAGAAGCAGCUCUUCCUAUAUCAUUUAAGCAGUUUUUUUGAUUAAAUACAAGAUAUAGCAACGUAUUUCCAUUUAUUUCUGUAUUAUACCACUUUACUUUCAACUCUUCCAUUUAUUUCUGCAUUAAGUCAUUGUACUUUGAAAAAGUCAAAAAGCUACCCAAUUAUGAUAUUAUGCUCUCAAUUUAUAGGAGCAUAACUUGUUUCGGAUUUGGAUGAAACCGCUAUAAUUUAAAAGAUUUUUCAAAGUACAAUAUUGUAGUAGGAAGAAAUGAAAAUAGGGUGUUAUAAUAAGCAAAUCAAUGAAAACACUUUGCAUUAACCCUCAAUAACAAGAAGAAAAGUCAAAUGAUUCCAUUAUUCACAAGCCAAUUUAGUAUCAAAGCUGCUCAAGCAUAUGGCGAAAGCUU